AUGAGAAAGCUUGAAGCUAACCACCAACUCCAACAAAUCUGUCUGGCCCCGCAGACAAAUGAUUAUUUCCCUGUUUCAGCAGAGACCGUCGAUGUCAACAUCCACAAAGACAAUCGAGACAGAUAUGUGUCCAAGCUCAAAAGCUGGUCUUCCUCAUGGCCAAACGGAUCACUCGACUCUGCCUGUCCCCAUCCGGUCCUGGUGACGAAGCAGCACUUGGAUCAACUGAUCCACCUGCAUGAAGCCUUGUCUCUUGCCAUUGAGGAUAUAAUUGAGCGUUGGUGGACGGACGAAGGGGCACGGUUUCCGGAACGAAUGCCCUUGGAGCCAGAGGAAGAAGAUCUUUUGCGUUGGUUGUACCAGAACAAACUUCUACGACCGUACAAAGAGUGUCAAGGAUCUUGGAGACCGGAUUUCCUCCUGGAGCAUGAUGCGGAUCAGGGCAGUGAAAACUUCCAUAUUUGCGAGAUCAAUGCUCGUUUCUGCUGGAAUGGCUAUAUGCACACCGUGUUUAGUCAAGAAGCAUACUCAGUGUUUGAUGUCGAGCAGAGAGGACUAGUCAAUGCAGCAGACCCAGGAACGAUUCUGAAAGGACUGCUGGGGCAAUUCGACCGCAGCAUGCCAUUACAUAUCGUGAAAGGCGAAGAGCAUGGCAUUGACGUUCACAUGUUUGUUGAAUUCUGUCACCAUCUUGGUAUCAAGACACGUUUGAUCACUCCCAACAGUCUCCGAGUAAUCCCCCAACGGGAGGGACACAAUAGCUAUAAGCUAUGCUGCCUUACUCCAGACCAGCACUCCCGUCAUGGAGAGAAAAUCGAAGAAAUCCACCAGCUCGGCCUGGAGCUUCGUCAACAUGAGCUCCACGCACUAUCACCCGAGCUGAAGCGGCAGAUAAGUCUCCGGUGCUUCAAUGACAUGCGGGCAAUCUUCCUCACACACGACAAAAGAAUGCUCGGAAUUGUCCUACAAGAGCUAGAGUCAUUGGUGACGAGAAGCAUCCUCUCGGCUGAGCAGGCCGCGCAUCUCGAGAAAGGCAUUGCAUACACUAUCCUCCCGGGAUCACCGGAACUCGAGGACCUGAUUGACCGGUCCAGUGCAUCAGAACAGCUGAAAGACGAAUACAUUCUAAAACCUAUUCGGAGUGGGAAAGGCGACGGCAUCCAGUUUGGCGAUCAACUCAGCCAUGCAGACUGGCAAGUGAGACUGGAGGAAUUGCGAGACGCCCAGCCAAAACCAGGGUUAACCCUGUACGUCGUACAGCGCAAGGUCAACCAACCCUUGUAUGACGUGACGCUCGGAUCGGGACAGUCGGUAUCAUGCCAUAAGGUCGGGACGUACCAUGCUGUCAAUGGACAAUUUUUGGGAUUGGGAACUUGGCGAUGCAGCCCUGGUAGGCUGUGUGCAGUUAGUGAUGGGGCUUCAUGGAUUACAUCGGUUGUCUGUAAGGAUUGA